AUGACUACACUUAAUUAUAUUUUAAAGGUUGAUAUUAUUAAAGCCAAAAAUCUCGCCAUUAAAGAUAAAAAUGGCUUUUCUGAUCCUUACAUUACCAUGAACAUUUGUGAUGAAGAUUAUAACACCCAGGUUAUUUCUAAAAAUUUGAAUCCUAUUUGGGAUGCAACAUUUGAACAUAAAGUUAAUCCUGAACACCCACCAUCUGAAAUUCACUUCACAUGUUGGGAUAGAGACUUUUUUGGGCGAGAUUAUAUGGGAGAAAUAGAUAUUUCAUUGGAACAAUUUUGUGAAAGAGGUCACAUGGGUUAUGGUGACCCAUCUAAUACGGCACAUUGGUAUCCAUUGGUCUCCAAACGUCAAAAAGAAAGUGUAUCUGGUGAAGUUUAUAUCAAGAUUGGACUUAUUGAUAAAGAUAACCAAUUUUUAGACACCAGAGAAUGGGACUCAAUUUGGAGACAGAUGAGCAAUUUAAAAAUUAAUGAAUCAUCAGAGACCAUAACUCCUGUGGAUAAGAAGGUGAAAAUUAAACCCGAAAGACAGUAUAGUUAUUCGCAAAAGAAUGAUGUUAUUGGAAUAACUUUUGUUGAAGUUGUACGUGCAACCGAUCUUCCUGCUGCAAGGAAUGUGACUCGCACCGGUUUUGACAUGGAUCCUUUUGUUGUUGUUUCAUUUGCCAAGCACACAUUCCGUACACGUGUCAUUAAUCAUAAUUUGAAUCCAGAAUGGAAAGAAAAAUUACACUUUCCAGUGAAAAGAACCGAAUUAGACUUUUUAGUUAAAUUUAGUGUUUACGAUUGGGAUAAAUUCACUACUAAUGAUCAUAUUGCCUGUCAAACUAUUCCGAUGAAGCAAUUGUAUGAUCAAGCAAUGAAAACAAAUAAGAAUAACAUAGAAGUGGAAAACAUUGGAGAUGGAAUGGGGGAAGAAGAAAUUUCGCUCAAAGUUGACGACGAAUGGGCCGAUAAAUAUAAACCAAAACUUACCAUUCGUUUAAAGUUUAUAUCAUACGACCAUUUAAGGAUUCAAUUUUGGCGGUCAUAUGCAAAACAUUACGAUUCUGAUGGGAAUGGAGUAUUAAAUUUUGUGGAACUUGACUCUAUGUUAAAUAGUUUAGGAUCAUCUUUGACGAAUCAAACGAUAUCAGGUUUUUUUACACGAUUUGGUAAAAGUCCAGAAAAUGGAGAAUUAGAAUUUUCGGAGGUUAUUAGCUGCUUAGAAGACUGGCUAAAUGACAUCUCUCGUUAUAGUGCAGAUAUUACUGGAGAAGAGUCCGAUAAUGAGCAUUUAAUCUUUAUGAAAGAAUGUCCAUUUUGUCAUAGACCGGAUCUUACACAUUUACCUGAAACUGAUAUUGUCACACAUGUGGCAAUAUGUGCAAGCAAUGAUUGGUCAGAAGUUGCUAAAAUUGUUACGGGAGAUUUUGUCACAGAAUCGCAAGCGCAAAGGAAAUGGUUGUCUAGAGUUAUUAAUAAAGUGGGAUAUGGUAGUUUUAGGAUCGGUGCAAACAAUGCAGUUAUUCUUGCACAAGAUCGCGUAACCGGAGAAAUAGUGGAAGAAAAAAUGUCAACUUAUGUCCGUUUAG